ACCCGAUAGUGCCGCACCGUGCUGUACCGGGGUUGGACUGUUGGACCGCUCUCGUCCGGCUGAGCUGUUUGUUGCAUUGGCCACUUACGGCGUUACGGUUGCGUGCGGUGGGUGUCUUCAGACAGUUCCAGUUGACAGUUAGUGUCACGCUACUAAGGUUUGGCACGCUCUGCAAGAAGUACAAAGUGAGUUGUGUGAAGCGUGUGUGUUGCGAGCUCUCCAGCGCAGUUCCUCCGCUCGGUAAUUAUUUAGUAUGCAGCUCACGAGCGGCUUCGUCGUACGCGCGCGCCGCCGUAAAUCGCUAGUGAUCUCACCACAAGUCACCGACGGCCGAGGCGCGAAGAAGUGCAUAUCGUCCAUUUCGCUUCCGACAACCGCUUCUCCAAAUGCGCACGGUUUACGGACCACAUUUGCUGGCGGACAGGCGCGAACAGCUGUGUAUAGAGUUUAAUUUUGCAUUCUAGUGAGAGGACAAAAAAAGGCGGAAAUUAAAUACAUAAAAGGCACAGACAAAUUGAACGAGCUCGUCGUCGUUUGAUCCUGACGCAAAGAGCGAUAAUUAAACAAGUGGAAAAUGACGUUAAAGUGUUGAACGCAUUAGCAGAAUGCUUGGAAUCGGCAAACCGGGGGCACCCAUGGAUAUAGUGGCGACAGUGCCGAUGUGUGCGGGAACCGAGGUUCGUCGAAUCGAUCGCUUCUGAUGACGGAGUGCUAUUAAAGUGUCUCUCUGUGUGUAUGUGUGUGUGUGGGCCCGUGUGGAAGGAAAAUCACAACGUUCAACAGAAGCUAUCAAACCGGAAGCAAAAAAAGGGGACCGCCGACGUGCCAACCGCCGUAGUGAUUUCGGUGUCCGGGUGUGUGUUGAUGAAGGAAGCGGUGAGAAAGGAAAACGUGGAAAACAUACAGUGAGUUUCGAGUGAACAUGCAGUGAGUAAAGGUGUGUGUGUGUGGGGGUGUCUGUGUGUACAUAAUGCAUCCGGUGUGGAGCUCGGUUAUAGUAAAGGGCUCGUCUCCCAGGGCAAUGCUUGCAGUGAGCCGUUCGUUGCAGUCGGGGCAAUGGUACCGAUAAAGGCUCGCAGUAAAACCAAACGAAAGGCAAGCUGGAUCAGUACCCGGAUGAUCUGACAAACGAACCGGUGCAGCAGUGUCACGAGAAUUGUGAAGAGAGCAAAGAGGAUUGUGAAAAAAGUUGAAAGGGCAGUCCCACUUUAAAGAUCGUUGGCGUGCAGCAAAGCCUGAGCAAGUGAGUGCGUGUGUGGGUCGGUGUAUGUGUGUGUGUGCGUGUUUAUGUACAGCGGUUCAUAGUGUAAAAUGGGUAACUACUGUAGUUCCGGCCAGACCAAAAAGGAUAAGGAUAAUGUAUCGGAAAAGUCCGAGGAAUCGCCAUCUUAUCAGCUGGCGGAUAAGAGCAAAAGCAAGGCAAACGAUGUAAAGGAGGCACCGUUAGCGGCCCCGGAAGUUACAUCGGAUGCUUCCGGCACGGGCCAGGUCUCGAACAGCUCCAACGCUACCAACGGUUGCAACUCGUCGAACGUGCCGGGUGGAGCGGACGGAGCCAGAGCACAACCGAAGGCUCUCCAGAACGUGCAAUCGAUGACGCUGUCGGAUUCCACCACCAACAGCCCGAUGACCGUGUCGCCACCAUGUGAUAUACCGCUAGUGCAUCAGAACUUACCGCAAAACCUAACACCACUGUACGGCAAACCGACCACCAACAGGCGAACGGACAAGUACAAAAAGAUUGUCCUUUACAUACUGGCAGCGGAUGAUGGAUUCCAGACGGAAAAAGCCAUGCUGCGGGAGGUGUUUAAAGCGUUGAACCAGAAAUGUCAGAGCCGUGGAUUCGAACUGCACGUAGCCGAUCUGCAUGUCCUACAACCCAAAGGCAACAGUUUCGAUGUGAACAAGUGGUUUAGUGGGCCGCUCGAGGCACAGGGUGGGCAUGAGCUGGCCGCGAACUGUUUGGCGGAAAUUGCACGCCAGUCCUGUGACUCGUACCUUAUACCGGUGCUGUUCCUUGGUGGCACGCUGGGCGAUCCGUUGCUGCCGUUGACGAUCGAAAGCCAGGACUUUGUGGCUGCGCUACAGAUGGCCGAGAGAAAUCCGUCGGAGCGAGCGAUUCUAGAGAAGUGGUACGUGCUGGAUGAUAAGUCGCAGCCGGCGUGCUAUCGACUGAAUGCAACAGCUACACCGCCUAUAUCGUCGGAAGAAUCGCAGAAGGAGCUUGCGUUGCUGCUGCAGACCUUGAUCGACAUUUUCUCGAAAGAGCUACGUGAUUCCUACUUAACGACCGUUGUUGAACAGGAAAUCAACAACACCGUUCUGAUUAGCCAAGAGCUUUCCAAGCGUUGCAUCUGGAUUCAGAGCGCGGUAGCGGCACCCAAAUCGGAAGGACUGUCCUCGGUCGAGGCAGAAAUGGUUCGAAGGUUGUCCAACAUUCAGAACGACCUGAAGAAUCAACUGUCCGAGAAGCACAUCAUCCGCAUCCCGGCCAACAUUGCCCAGCAGCAACAGGAACAGUUCGGUACAAUGCUGGACGCUUGUCUAGCGCAUGAGAUCGAUUCCAUCAUCGACGAACACAUCAGCAAAUACUCGAUACCACACUGCACGUACGGUGUCGAUCGUCGUCUGUUGAGUGAGCUAGAAGAGGUGAAUCGGCAUUCGCGUGUGCUGAAUGAAAACUGCGCCAACUUCAGUACGACCGAGCGGGUCCGCGAGUACCUAACGUCGGCCCGAGGCAAACCGCUCGUUGUGUACGGUUCGAUGGGAGCAGGCAAGAGCGUCUUCAUGGCAAAGUUGUCACAAAAUCUGCACACCUGGUUGCCAGAGUCGCAUCUCGUGAUGAGAUAUGCUAACCUUACUAUGCAAAGUUCGGAUGUUACUGGACUGUUGGGAUCGAUCACGGAGCAGAUAUCAGUAUUAAUUAAAGGCGUUCCGACACACUGCCAGCAUACCAUUCCAUCCUAUGCUGGUGUGCUGAAGUCUUUGUUGGAGAGCUCUAAGCAGCAGAUCACCAUCUUGAUCGACUCCAUCGAUUCACUGCGUGAUGUGGAGGACCUCGAUUGGUUGCCUGUAACGCUGCUGGACAACGUGAAGCUUGUGCUGACGGUGAGCUCCGCUGGCACCGGACAAGAUCUAGCGAAUGCUGAGAGCGUUGUUCUCCAACGCCUGCGAGAACGAAUUGGAGACGAUAGUUGCUUCCUACAUCUUACACCAUUCACCCAGGAGCAAUGGGAAGAUGUGCUUUGCUUCGGAGGAGGUGAUAUAUACGCCGCCAACGGGGCUUUGCAGUUGCCAGAAUGUUGGAAGAAGUCCGGGGAAAAGAUUUCGAUUCAAGCAAAGAUUCUCUGGUGGCUCGGAUGGCUUGGCAUCACCAACCUGUCGGACACAUCCGUAUCACACAUCAGUGAGCGCGUGUUUGAGAUUCUGGAGGAGAAGUUUACUGCGGUCAUCGUUAGGCUGAUCGUGUCAUUGCUGCUAGCCUCUCGUGAGGGCUUACUGGAGACGGAAAUCAUUACACUUAUAAGAAGCUCUAAUUUAGUUACCGGAUCAACUACUAAGCUGUGGACGCACUUUUGCUGGAAGAUGGGACCACUUUUUCUGCACAAUAAGAACAUUAUCGUCGUCGAUAGGACGCUCCGACAGGUAGCGGAAAAGCGGUACGAGACCGACAUUAAGCAGGCGCAUCAAAUUCUGUACGAUUACUACGAGCUGCAGCCGAACGUGUUUCUCGAUAAAAAGGGCAAAGAUAAAUGUUUUAACUAUAGGAAGUUUGUCGAACUGCCCUAUCACAAGUUUAAGCUCGAUGCGAUGGUGACCGGAAGCGCAUUUCCCAACUCUCCGUACCUGACCGAUCUAGCCUGGUUGCAAGACAAACUGAUCGCUACCGGAUGUGUUCAUAUUUUAAACGAUAUCUGUCUAGUAGACGGUACUACUAGUGCUGGUACUCACGUGGCGCUGCUAAAAUCUUUCAUCGAGUCACACUUCAAGGCGCUCAACUACGAUGGACAUCAGCUGUACUCGUUGCUACGUCCGGUGUUGGUAGCCGAACGACAGCGUGCCGGUUCACCGUACGCGAACAGUGUCGUUGUGAAGCAAUGGCUUGAGACGAUCGAUAGCAGUACCGUACCGUUCCUGGAGAGGUUAAUAUUGGACGAGGUGACAGAUGAGAGUGAGAAGCCAGCAGGUGAAAAACUUCCGAACGCUGGGUUCGAUCUGAUCAUGAACCUGAGCAUUGAGGGAUACUUUGUCAUAUCGCUCAGUACAGAGCGGGAAGAAAUCUGCGUGUGGGAUGUCGCGAAAUGUCGCAAGGUUCGCACACUCACCGGAGUUCCUCAACCAUCAGCAAUCUGUCCUGUCGGUGACUAUGGAGUCGCGGUACUGUGCCGUCGGGAGAUUCGUAUCAUAGAUCUUAACGAAGGCAAGUUCAAGGUGACGCUGAAGGGUGUCAUGAACCAGAAGAUGCCCUACUUUGGGCUGCACGAUCCAUCACACCUGGUAUGUCUAUCGCGCAACCGUAUGUACGUGAAUCUGAUGAACAUCGAGUCGGGUGAUUGUGUGACUACGUUCAAGGCGGGUGAAGAUCGCUUCCUGAACUCUCUCCUAGUGUCAGGCGAUGGAAGAAUUCUCGUGUGUGGUGAUGAGACGCAGAAGCCUUUCCCGUUGCUAGUGUGGCAUCUCUCGCAGAAGAAGUUACUGUACGAUCUGCGCAUACCGCACCAUGAUUUUAUCACCUCGCUGUCCGCCAUUACGCACGAAGGAUCGUACGUGUGCGUUGUGGCUAAGGAGCUGGCCGAGCCAAGCCCCAAUUUUAUCGUGGUGUACGACCUGCAGAGUGGCACACUGUUCAAGAAGUGGAAACCGUCCUGCAACACGGUCUCGCUGGCGAUCUCACAGACCAACACCUGCGUCAUUGCUGGGCUGGAAGAUGCAAGAAUUUUAAUCUGGGACUUGGUGACCGGUAAUUGCCGAAGCACGCUGGUAGGACACAGCGCUCCGGUGACUCUGCUAAAGAUUGAUCCUACAGGCAAAAUUCUUCUCUCGAGUGAUAAGGAAGGACGCGAUCUGUCCAUAAGGCUCUGGCAGCUUGACAGUGGUAAUCUGCUGGCCGUGUACACACCAGAGGAACGCAUCACGACGUGCGAAAUUCUGAGCGGUGGUUCGUAUCUGGCACUGGCACUAGAGAACCGCCACAAUCUGAUCACACUGAAGCUGCGGUCGGGCAAAGAUGGACCGGCAGCCGAGGACGAUCGAUCGUCUGUAGUAUACGGUAAUUCCGAACACGAUGGUAAGCAAUUUGACUUGAAGCAGUAAGAGAAACGUCGCCAGUAAGGUUAAGAAUCUCCCCAACACACAAGCGUAACGCUAGAUAGCGAAUUGUGUUCAUAAAGGGCAUUAGCAAAUUAGUCUGUCCAACGUGACGUCAGGACACUCGCACACAAAAACACUGUGCUAGCAAGACAAAAGCCAUACAAGCAUUGAAUUCACCCGUUGCACAUCCAUCUUCUUAAGGUUAACAGAGUCAUAUUGUAAUUGAAUUCGCAUGAUUCCGCACUCGGCGCGGGAGCUACUACGUCACGAGUAUAUGAAUAGACACGUAAGAGUCCUCACUAAACAAAAAAAGAAAAGCAUGCAGCAUGUACAAUUGCUUCGGAAAACGCAACCUUAGCAUAAGAUGCACUCUAGCAAUCAGACUCGAGACAUGAUUAUCUUCCCAUCAGCUAAGAGAUGAAUGUGGAGUCGAUUUGGAGUGCGGCGCGCGUAGGGCAAUAGUCUUAAACCCACUGGUACUGCUCAGAUACUACUACUUAACACGUUUUGUUCACUUUAUCCUCUGGAGGAGUUUAGUUUUCGGUACAAACUGUCUGGAAAUGCAGAUAGCGCCCGAGGUUGACUCGAUCGCGAAUGUAACUCGCGGCAUUCAACAGAGAUCGCACAGUCAUCGCUCAAAGAACAAAAGCUGCUAAUGUAUAGGUUAUUUAAUCAUUUACCGAACUGGUUUACUGACAGGGAUCAUAAGUUUGCUACAAAAUUGUGAUUGUGAUGGAGCUAAUAAGUAUCGUUGAUUAUUCUUUAGUUUAGGAUUAAGCAAGCUUGGGUGCGCAACGACUAUUGGAGGAAAAAUAAUUGGAUCUAUUCCUUUAACAAAAAUAGAUUGUAUCUUACGUUCGGGGUUGAAGAAUUUAUUUAUUCCUACAUGUUUACGUUUUUGCAUCAUUGGAGGUGCGGAUUUGAGGCUUUUUUUUACAAAUCGUUUGGCUGUUUUAAUCGUAUCAUGACAUUAACGGAAAUCAUCUUUUCUACCUUCUUGAGAUCAUAUACAGACCCAAAUGAACCGUAUACCCGGUAUGUUUCAAGGAAUAUAUUUUAAUAUGGUCGAUUCCACAAGAUUGAGAGGAUUUUAUUGUCCCGGAAGUUUUUGAAUUUCGCUUAGUCUGACGCAAAGCCGGAAGAAGAAAAGGUACGGAAAUUGUACCAGAUAUACAUUGCACAAAAAACCCUAGCCAAUCCUGCAUAGAGCAAUAGUUGUAAAACGUAAUAAUUAAGAUAUCAAUAGAAGAAGAAGCCCGAAUAUAGUAGCUGGCAUAUCUUUACCGCAUCCAUUGCAACAUAAACGGAAGAAAACAUCACAAAAAUACAAAAGAAAACACACAAAAAAAUGAGAAUAGUAAAUUCCCAUCGUUUUGAUGUCGUCACGAAUGAGCGAAUAGUCAACUAGAAAGUCAACCACAACUGGAUACAAUUUAGCAAUCAGCAGCCGCGUGCAACAUACUACUAAUACUACUAAAGCGUAACAAGCAUAAACCAUGGUGUAAGUCCUCACCACACAUACCCACAUAAAAUGAUCGCCAGUCAACACACACACACAAACACACAGCAAGAGUCUAAACUAGUGAACAAAGAAGAAAACAUUCUCAUCUGGAAUGAGAAAUUGAGGCUGGUCCUUGAUAAAGAAAUCUUGCACUGAAAACCACCCCACAGCCGAACACGAUGCGCCAGUAAUCAAUUCAAUGUUCACGCUUCGAACCACCUCCCGUUUUUUCAAACAGCUGUGAAACAAACCAGGUAAUCUAUACAUAAAUAUAUACAUACAAAUAUACAUGAAUGUGUAGAGUAGGUGCCGCUGUUCAGUUGGGGACUUAGGUCCGAACCGAUCGGUGGUUGAAACUCGUUUAACAUAAGUGUGGGUGUGAUAGUGUUUCAGGUGUUAGCGUUACCGGGACUUUGGCAGGUCGAACACUUUUAAACAGUCGGAUGGUAAUGUAUGUGUGUGUAUGCAAUGCAGCAUAGAAGAGAAAUGAGAAGGAAAUAAAACAAUGAUUCAGCUUAGUAACACCUACAAACACACAACCCUCCUUCACGAGGAUUCAAUUGAUGGGCAAAACAUUAGAAAAUGGAAAUCAAAAAAAAAACCUCGAAGAAUGGAAGAAAGUAAGCUCCAAAGAAACGCGCAAACAAGUAAAAUCUUAUAAAUAUAUGAAUAAAACGCACAAGUAAAUGAAACAAGCAAACAUGGUUAGUAAAACCGACACAUGAUACGGAAAGAAAGAAAGACGGUGGGAAAGAAAAUAGUGGCAAAGCAACCAACCGCAACACAACAUACAUAUAUGCGAUGAAGUACUAUCAAUUUUUAUGUAAAAUCUUUUAAGUAAUAUUGUAUUUGUUACUUUUGAUUUAUACAUAUAAAACAUAUGUCUGUAUGUAUGUGUGUGUGUGUGCAUGUGAUUGUAUUUUCAAGAUGAGAACAAGAAACAACAACAAAAACACAAACUAUUAUACGUAUAUAUAUCACGAAAAUGGAAAAAAGAGAAAGAAAAAACAAACAACCACGCAAAACAUUGUAACUAGAGCAAAAAAAUGAAAAACACAGUAUAAACUGAGAGAAGAGAAAGAGAAAAUGAAUAUUGAAGCUGCUGAUGAAA